UCAGAGAUGUAAAAAAGUAAUAUUAAAGCCUUAGGCCUCAAAACCGAGCUAAAAUGCUUAAAAUUUUCUAGAGCUUUAAAAUUUAUCAAGGAAAUCAAGACAAGCCCUUAGUACUACGGAGGGAAUGAAAGGAGAUAUUCUACGUACGUCUACGGUCUAUCGCGUACACGUGCGUGUUAUUGCGCUCCAGAAAGGCGUGCAAGUCCACCACACGCAGCGCAGGCGCGCACCGCACGUUCGCGUACCGUUCGUCCCCCGAGCUCCGCGGCCGGCCGCGUGUCUGGCUGGACCGGCGCCCGCGCAGGCGCACACGGCUCUCCCAACCGCCUCGCUCGGCCGCGCCCGCGCGCGAACUACAAGAUGCCGGACCGACACGUCGCGCUCCCCCCGGGGCCCGCUCUCCCGUCCUCCUCCCAGGCGCGACCGCGCGAGACGCCUGCCCGAGUGUAACCGUCGCCGUCGAGCCCCCAUCCGCAUUGCGUUUUUCGGGCGCGUUCAGGCGGGACGCAUGAUGCGCUGCUAGCGUGUUCAGGCCUUCAAAACGCAGCACACACCGGUCCGUUGCUUGCCGGCCCACCGCUGGCGGCGCGCGGAUCCUCUCCCACCGCGUAUCUUUCCGUUUGGAUCCCCGAGUCGGAGCUCGAUCAGAUCGGUGCCUCUGCCUGCGUGCGUCUGCUCUGGUCUACUAUAUAUGACCACGGGCGCGGGCUGACGCUCCAUCGCCCACACGUCGAAGCAGGUGAUUGGCGAUCCUUGUCCGUCCUCGCUCGCUAGCUGAUCGACAUGGCCGACGACGACCCAAGAACGACGGCGGCGGCGAGCAGCAUGCCGGACUUCAAGCAGUCGGUAAAGCUCAAGUACGUGAAGCUGGGGUACCACCACCUGAUCAGCCACGGCGCGUACCUGCUGCUGGCCCCGCUGCCGGGGCUCGUGGCGGCGCACCUCUCCACCUUCACGGCGCGGGACCUGGCGGAGCUGUGGCAGAGCCUGCAGUACAACCUGGCGUCCGUGCUCGUCGCGACCACGGCGCUGGUGGUCACGGCAACCGCGUACGCGCUGACGCGGCCGCGGCCCGUGUACCUGGUGGACUUCGCGUGCUACAGGCCCCGCGACGAGCGCAGGUGCAGCCGCGCGCGGUUCAUGAACUGCACCGAGUCGCUCGGCACCUUCACGCCGGAGAACGUGGAGUUCCAGCGCCGGAUCAUCGAGCGGUCGGGGCUGGGCGAGGACACGUACCUCCCGGAGGCGGUGCUCAACAUCCCGCCCAACCCGUCCAUGGCCAGCGCGCGGGAGGAGGCCGAGAUGGUCAUGUUCGGCGCGCUGGACGAGCUGUUCGCCAAGACCGGGGUGCGGCCCAAGGAGAUCGGCGUGCUGGUGGUGAACUGCAGCCUCUUCAACCCGACGCCGUCGCUGUCCGCCAUGGUCGUCAACCACUACAGGCUCCGGGGCAACGUCGCGAGCUACAACCUCGGCGGCAUGGGCUGCAGCGCGGGGAUCAUCGCCGUGGACCUCGCCAGGGACCUGCUGCAGUGCCACCGGGGCACCUACGCCGUGGUGGUCAGCACGGAGAACAUCACCCUCAACUGGUACCUGGGCAACGACCGCUCCAUGCUGGUGUCCAACUGCCUGUUCCGCAUGGGCGGCGCGGCGCUCCUGCUGUCGAACCGCGGCUCGGCGCGGCGCCGGUCCAAGUACCAGCUGGUGCACACGGUGCGCACGCACAGGGCCGCCGACGACCGCUGCUUCGGCUGCGUGAGGCAGCGGGAGGACGGGGAGGGUAGGGUGGGCGUGUCGCUGUCCAGGGAGCUGAUGGCCGUGGCCGGGGACGCGCUCAAGACCAACAUCACGACGCUGGGCCCGCUGGUGCUGCCCAUGUCGGAGCAGCUGCUCUUCUUCGCCACGCUGGUGGCGCGCACGGUGCUGAAGCGCAAGGUGAAGCCCUACAUCCCGGACUUCAAGCUGGCGUUCGAGCACUUCUGCAUCCACGCGGGCGGGCGGGCGGUGCUGGACGAGCUGGAGAAGAACCUCAGGCUCACCGACUGGCACAUGGAGCCGUCCAGGAUGACGCUGCACCGCUUCGGCAACACCUCCAGCAGCUCGCUCUGGUACGAGCUCGCCUACGCCGAGGCCAAGGGCCGGAUCAAGAAGGGCGACCGCACCUGGCAGAUCGCCUUCGGCUCCGGAUUCAAGUGCAACAGCGCCGUGUGGAAGGCGCUCCGGUCGGUGAACCCGGCCAAGGAGAAGCGGGGCAACCCCUGGAUGGACGACAUCGAUAGGUACCCCGUCGCCGUCCCCAAGGUGUCAGCCAUCUGAUCAAAUUCGUUUGCAGCCUGCAGGCAUCGCCAUGGCCAUGCCUGCCUGUACAUGCAUGCAUGCCUUCUGAUCCAUCGGGUUGUAGCAAAAGCCAUAGUAGGAUAUGUAUAGUUGGAGUGGAGUCGAUCGUUUUCUGUACACUUGUGAAUCGGCCGCCGGUACGUCUGCUAGCUGUUCAUUCUUCUUCGUCGUUGUCGUAGUACACGUCAUGUAUGUAUAUAAGUGUAUUUUAUAUAGUGCGUGCGUGCUUGACACGGGCCAUAGGGAAUACUGUAAUACAUGAGCUGAAAGCACGAGGCCUGCGAGGCCCGUUCGCUGUGCGGCCACACUCCAAAGGAGCAUGUUGUGCUUGCCGAUCAAAAUGGUCCAAAACGACCGAAAAAUAGUUA